CAACAAUACAAGCAACGAUAUUUGGAAUUGGUUUUUUUUGCGAUAAUUUUGGGUUAAGAGAAUUAAGUAGGUUUUGUUGAUUUACUACCUCAAAGAAGACACAACUAAAAGGCUUUAACGACUGGUUUUUGCAAAAUAAGUUGAAAUUGAAUUUGCUCCUGUUCUUUAUGAGCCAUUAUUGAAUAGAGCUAACGAGUCUCUUGGUUUCAAUCUUUUUUCCUUCUAUUUUAUUUCCUAUUUGGACGACCGUGCCCAGUUUUUUUUUUUUUGGCUGUUUGAGACUCGGUUCUUAACCAGUAUUUUUUGCAACUUGGCCAAAGAAUAGAACAUCCUACAAAAAAUAAAGAGAAGCCGGUUUUAAUAAAAGGCUUUCUUUAAUCAUUUUCUAUGAGCUUUCUUUUUGGAUAACUUUAUCGGUUCUGUUAACUUAUAGUCUUGUUUUGGUGUACAAGUUGCUGUGUCAGGGCACGCUUUGGCUCAUUUGAUAUAUUUAUUCGUUCUCUUUGUUAAUUUGGAGACUUAAUUAUUUUAUGAUCUCGUCUUUUUCCGUUAUUCACUUCAAGUAUAGUUAACUCAUUUGAUUGCAUUAAAUAUUGUUGACUAGCAUUGAUAUUGAAAGCUUCUUGCGCAGGUACUACUGAUUUUGACUUUAUAAGCAUUCUUUUAUCUGUUUUGAUCUUUUCCUUUAUUGCUACUGUUCACUUUCUUAAUCCCUUAAUUUACAUUGAUUCCUGACGAUUGUUUCGACUAAGAUUGUUAUUUCAUCUUUUUUCCUGUCCUUAUUUUUUUAUACUUUAGGGUAAGAUGAGUGUCUCUGGUUUUUCUCUCGAGUCCAAUUCAUUGAAAAAUGUUUUUACGCCUACUCUGUCCGUCUCGGUUCCAUCUAGAGCCCUUAAUAUUGUAACCAUCACCACUACUUCUAAGCCUAGUGACGAUGCAGAUGAAGGAAGACAUGCGUUUACCUCAGGAGAUGAAGCCUUUUAUUCCACUGUUGUAUCGACUCGAUCAAGUGAUGGUUCUUCUUAUACAACUGGAAGCGCUGUUCCGAUUGCUUCUACAACUGUUUCUUCUGCUAAUAACGCUAAGGAUAACUCCUCAAAGUCUUCUAAACAUGCUUCUACAGCCGUAAUUGCAGGCCCAAUCGUUGGUGUUUUGGGUGCUUUAAUUCUUAUUGUUCUCUUUUUCUAUGGCCUUCGUCAUUACAAACGGAAGAAAUUUUUGGUGGAACAACAGGCAUUUGAAAACCAAUUUGAGGAGGAAAAGUCCCGACUUGCAGCUGUGCGAAGAACUAAUGAGCAAGAGAAAAUGGGUUAUCGUGGGGGCUAUCAAAUGCACUCGUCUCCUUGGGGCUCUGUUUCUCGUAGUUCUAUAAUUGGUUCUGGACCCAAUUCUUACUAUUAUGACAAACGUAGCAGUGAUUAUGGUUUAAAUACCCAAGAUUUCAUCACUCCUCCUGGUAACGUAGCAACUUCAGACAGCAUACGUUUCCUGAAGAGAAACUCGUUAAAUUCGUUGAAUAAUUAUUCUCAGAGUCCUCCAUUGGAAACUCGUAGGUCAAUUUCAUACGGUGCAGUACAAUCUCCACAAGGACGUCCGUUAGCCCCAAUACCUGGUAGGAGAACAGUUUCUAUUUCUUCAAUGAAUGACUUAAACGAUAGUAACCAUCGACAUACCUUAAGCUUUGAAUCUGCUGAGGAUAAUCAGUUCAAAUCUACGUCUACAGAAUCAUCUAGCGAACUUUUGGAUGACAAUGAUGACAAAGAAAAACUCGAAGAUCCAUUUGUUACUGUACAUGCUCCUUAUGACAAUGAUGACUUCGAAUCUCCACUUCCAAGAGCUGUUUGACAAAUAUCAAAAGCCUCUUUAGAAAUAUCUGAUCUAUUCUUUCAACUUUUCUUAUCUUUAUUUUGCAUUAAUUUUAUGAACUGGGGGAUAUUCUUAUUUAAGCAUAUUUAAACCAUUAAUAGGCAGGCAUCUAGCAAUGUUUACGAUUGUUAUAUUUCAAUUGAAUUG